UCAGCGGGCCUUUUGUGUUUGUGUCUGCAGCCGCCGCUGCUCGCCGAAGGAGCUGGAAACCGCAAGUUCAAGUGCAGCGAGUGUGGAAAAGCCUUCAAGUACAAACAUCACCUGAAGGAGCAUUUGCGCAUCCACAGCGGUGAGAAGCCGUACGAGUGCUCAAACUGUAAGAAGCGGUUCUCCCACUCCGGCUCCUACAGCUCCCACAUCAGCAGCAAGAAAUGCAUUGGCCUAAUCGCCGUCAAUGGGCGGGUACGCAACGGAAACAAGCCUGGCUCCUCCCCAAACUCCACAACCUCAUCGCCUGGAAGCCCCGCCCUCGCACAGCUCCGCCACAAACUGGAAAACGGGCGAUCGCUUGGCGCUCCGGACCAGCAGCUUGAUAUCAAGGUAGAGCCAAUGGACUUCAAUGAGUAUCGGCUGCUGAUGGCCUCUCAGCAUGGGUUCGGGGCACCGGGAGUCUACCUGAAUGGCCACAGCGGCAGCCCCUUGGGUAUCCACGGCUCCUCCCAGAGCCCCCUCCAACACGUGGGAAGCAUGGGUCUGGACCUCCCCCUGCUGGGCUACUCAGGUUCUCUAGGGAACAACCUGAGCGAGGUGCAGAGGGUGCUUCAGAUUGUGGAUAACACUGUUUGCAGGCAGAAGAUGGAUGGGAACCCAGAGGAGAUCUCCAAGCUCAGGGCCUACAUGAAGGAGCUGGGGGCACAGAUGGAGGAGCAGAGGCUGGCCCAGGCCGGCUUCCAGGUGGUGGGACAUGGCAGCCCCACGAAGAGCAUCAUUGACUACACUCUGGAGAAGGUCAACGAGGCCAAGAGUCUGAUCGAAGACUCCAAGAGGGAGGCUGAUGUCAAGAAGGAGAAGCCGAACCAGUCAGCUGAUCUCAGAGGUGAGGAGAAAUGCCACGAUGGCCAGAACCAGUUCCUGCCGUUCUCCUGCCAGUUCUGCAAGGAGACCUUCCCCGGACCCAUCCCGCUGCAUCAACACGAGCGCUACCUGUGUAAAAUGAACGAGGAGAUCAAAGCAGUCCUACAGCCGACCGAGUGCAGUCCUGCUGGCCGCCGGGGGGCGGUACCCCCUGAGCCAUCCAGCACCGAGCGGGCCACCAGCCCCAUCAACCCCUUCAAGGACCAUGUGUCAGUGCUCAAGGCCUACUUUGCCAUGAACACUGAGCCCAACUCAGAGGAGCUGCUAAAGAUCUCCACUGCUGUUGGUCUCCCUCAGGAGUUCGUCAAGGAGUGGUUUGCCCAGUGGAAGAGCCAGAACCACAACGGAGGCGGUCUGGGCAAAAAGUCACCCUCUCAUGACAUCAAUCACAGCUUUAGCCGGUCACCGAUGGCACUUCUUGCGGCAGAUUUACAUGGAGGCUUCACUAACGGUGACACCUCCCACAGACUUACAAAGGCCAACAAGUUUACAGCCAACAGGCAGACCACAGGGGACAAACCACUAGAUCCCUCGGACCACUUGAGGAGUAACACUCCAUCACCCCUCAACCUCUCCUCCACCUCCUCCAAAAACUCUCAGAGCAGCUCUUACACUCCGAACAGCCUGGCCUCUGAGGACAUCCCCGGGGACAUACCACUGGACCUGUCGCUGCCCAAACAUGUGGCGCUGAAGCUCCUAUCUGCUGGAGACAAGCGUCCCAGACCCAACGGCUUAAUCAUCGAGUGCAAUGGCGAGGGCCUUGGACGAGACCAGGUGUCCAGGCCCUUGGGCCUGGUCAACAUCAAGAAGGAGGUCCUGGGCUCUGAUGGAGGGGGGAACUCUAUUCACCAACUGGAGAAAAGCAGCAGUCCCCUCUUUGGGAUCAACCCCUUCGCCGGCAGUCCUGUCUACACCUCGCUGCCGCCUCACGGAGCCUUUCCUCCGCCCACCUUCAUGUCUCCUGCCCAGGCCAACAUCCCGGGCCUCAGGCCCUACCCAGGCCUCGACCCCAUGAGCUUCCUGCCCCACAUGGCCUACACCUACGCCACCGGGGCUGCCACAUUUGCUGAACUGCAGCAGAGGAGGAAGUUCCAACGGAAACCAGGUUUCCAGGUAAGAGCUAGUUCAAAGGAUGUAGGAUGUAAGGAUGUUCUUCUUUUGUGGUUCUUGGAGGACCGGGCUGGUGUGAUGAUAAAGCUGGUGUUCACCUG